AUGGUUGUACGCAAUAGUGUGAUGCAGUUAUCAGCGACGCUAAUAGCCCUGCUGUCCAUUCGCGUAGCGGAUGAAGGACACGCCGUUAAUCCAAGUUGUUCGUGCAUCCGCUUCAGUGCUGACGGUAGAGGCGGUGUCGAGCGGGGCACCUUCAGUAGUCCAGACUACCCGAGACCUUACCCACGAGCUCUGUGCCUCCUCUACACCUUUCUUGCUCAGCCGCAUCAAAUAGUAGAGCUUGUGUUCAGCGAGUUCGACGUCUACAAAGAACACCUCGAUUGUUCAAGAGGAGAUUACAUAAAGGUGUACUGGGAAGUUCAAGGUCCUGGCCCGCCUGGCGCGAUCAACGAGAGAUCAGGAUGGGCGAAGCAGCUGUGCGGCGGACGAGCUGACAUCCCGCCCGCCCUCUACUCUCCAGGGCAAUCGUUGGUUAUUGAGUUCCACACCGGAGCUAGGCAGAACAACGCGACCGGCUUCUUGGGGACAUAUAGCUUCAUUGAUAAACUUCCUGAAGAGAUACAAGUGGGUCCAUUAAUCCAUCAAAGCGAUCCUAGUGACAUCAAUGUUGGAGAUCAGACCCGUAUUGGUGUUAAACCUGGGAUCAAUGAUUGA